GCCCCCAGAGCCCCGAGGCCAGGGGCGGGGCCGGGAACGCGCGCCACGGCCCCUUCUGCCCAAGCCCCUAGCCCCCUUCCGCCCGGACUCUGCGUAAGUACCACCCGCCUUACGCAGUCUCGAAAUGGCUCCGGGUGGUGGACUAAGGCGACAAGCCUCCGCGGUUCGACCUCUCACCUGCUCGGCACAGGCCUCCGCCUCCAGCUAGUCCCGCCUCCUCCUGACACUCUGCCGGCCGCGAAUGGAGGGCCCGGGGAAAGGGCCAGGUUGUGGCAGGAGAGUGAGUGUGUUUACAUCUCACCUCACCCCGAGCGGGCUGGUUUCAGCCCCGCCUCCUCCUCUCCGCCGUUUAAAGCGGUGGGUCGCCCUCCUCCUCACUCAGAGAAGCGGCCCCACGGUUGGUGUCUCCGGCGUUGGUUUGGCUGGGUGACUUCGCGUCAGCCUGCUGUCCACUGCGAGAGGGCCUCGAACUUCAGGUGGAAGAUGUCGGAAAGUAACUUGGCAGAAAGCAGCGACGGACGCGAGACGCUGGUGUCUGGUGCUAAAGUCGUCGCCCAGGCCCUGAAAACACAGGAUGUGAAUUACAUGUUUGGCAUCGUAGGCAUCCCGGUGACCGAAAUCGCCCUUGCUGCCCAGGAGGUGGGCAUCAGAUACAUCGGGAUGAGGAACGAGCAGGCGGCUUGUUAUGCUGCCUCUGCGGUUGGAUAUCUGACCGGCAGGCCGGGAGUUUGCCUUGUUGUUUCUGGCCCAGGUCUCAUCCAUGCUUUGGGUGGUAUGGCAAAUGCAAACAUGAACUGUUGGCCCUUGAUUGUGAUUGGUGGUUCCUCUGAAAGAAGUCAGGAAACAAUGGGGGCCUUCCAGGAGUUUCCUCAGGUUGAAGCUUGUAGAUUAUAUAGCAAGUUCUCUGCCCGGCCAAGUAGCAUAGAAGCUAUUCCCUCUAUUAUCGAAAAGGCAGUGAGAAGCAGUAUUUAUGGUCGUCCAGGUGCUUGCUAUGUUGACAUACCUGCAGAUUUUGUGAACCUCCAGGUGAAUGCGAACUCUAUAAGGUACAUGGAGUGCUGCAUGCCACCUCCUGUUAGUAUGGCAGAAAGCUCUGCUGUAUGUAUGGCAGCAUCUGUUAUUAGGAAUGCCAAACAGCCCCUUCUUAUCAUCGGGAAAGGUGCUGCUUAUGCCCGUGCAGAGGAGAGUAUCAGGAAGUUGGUGGAGCAAUGUAAAUUGCCAUUUCUGCCCACUCCCAUGGGAAAGGGUGUUAUCCCUGACAACCAUCCAAACUGUGUAGGUGCUGCCAGAUCCAGGGCUUUGCAAUUUGCUGAUGUAAUUGUGUUACUUGGUGCCAGAUUAAAUUGGAUUUUACAUUUUGGACUGCCUCCAAGAUAUCAGCCAGAUGUGAAGUUUAUCCAGGUUGAUAUCUGUGCAGAAGAGUUGGGGAAUAAUGUAAGACCUGCUGUGACCUUGCUAGGAGACAUAAAUGCUGUCACUAAACAGCUUUUAGAACAAUUUGAUAAAACACCAUGGCAGUAUCCUCCUGAGAGCAAGUGGUGGAAAAUUCUGAGAGAAAAAAUGAAGAGCAAUGAAGCUUUAUCCAAGGAAUUAGCUUUCAAAAAAUCCCUGCCUAUGAAUUAUUACACAGUAUUCUACCACAUUCAAGAACAACUGCCCAGAGACUGUUUUGUGGUGAGCGAAGGAGCAAAUACUAUGGAUAUUGGGCGCACUGUGCUUCAAAACUACCUUCCUCGUCACAGGCUUGAUGCUGGUACUUUUGGAACAAUGGGAGUCGGUUUGGGUUUUGCCAUUGCAUCUGCUCUAGUGGCUAAAGAUAGAAACCCAGGGCAGCAGGUCAUCUGUGUGGAAGGAGACAGUGCAUUUGGAUUUUCUGGCAUGGAAGUGGAAACCAUCUGCAGGUACAACUUGCCAAUCAUACUUUUGGUGGUGAAUAAUAAUGGAAUUUACCAAGGUUUUGAUACAGAUACUUGGAAGGAAAUGUUAAAAUUUGGAGAUGCUACUACAGUGGCCCCUCCAAUGUGUCUUCUGCCACACUCACAUUACGAGCAUGUCAUGAUUGCAUUUGGAGGCAAAGGGUAUUUUGUACAAACACCAGAAGAACUCCAGAAAUCCCUGAGGCAGAGCCUGGCAGACACAACUAAACCCUCUCUUAUCAACAUCAUGAUUGAGCCGCAAGCCAUGCGGAAAGCCCAGGAUUUUCACUGGCUGACCCGCUCUAAUAUGUAAAUAAAGAUGCCAAUGAGUGACUUGGCAUCUCUUUCCUGUAAGAUGGAAUUUUAUUUUCCACAGCAAAAUUACCAUAAUGUUAAAAUUGUUCUGCAAAGAAAAAUAAAAAACAUUUCUAAAUGACAUUUUAUAGUGCAGGAAUUGAUUAAAACCAUAAAAAGAUACCAGUAUUCUACGACAGAAAUAACCAUUUACAGUUGAAAGAGGGGUUUAUUAAAUAGCACCAUAACUGGUUUAUUGAAUGACACAUCAGUAUUCUUUUAAGGAAAUCCAUUCUUAAAGUCACAUAUCUUUUAAUAACAUCUUCGAAGAAAAAAGCUUCAGAACUAUGCAAUGUAGAGGCAUGUUCAGUAAGUUGGAGUACCUAGACUAUCUCUCCUUCAUAGUUUAUCCAUUGACCACUUCAUACUUUAGUCUACCCAACCUUAGUCUACCCAGUAUUUAAUGGGGCUUGUUCUACAUCUUAUGAGUUGGGUUUUUGUUCUGUUUAGUUUUUCAGGAAAGAACUUACUAAGCCAAAGGAGAAGUCACACCACACCCAAACUAAUAAUUUCAGGGUACAUUUGGAUAAUCAACCUUAGUUUAUGUGUACCACAUUGAGACCAACAGAAUCAACAGCCUUAAUAUGUAAAGAACUCUUAUAAAUAAGAAAAAUAUUAAUGCACUAGCAGAAAAAUGGGUAAAGGGCAUGAAUGCAUAAUUAACAGAAAAACACAAAUGAUCAAUAAAAGUAUGAGUAUGAAUACAAAUGAGUAGGUAAGUUAAAUAGAAAAACCUUUUUUUUUACCCCAGCCACUUAGCAAAGCACUUUUUAAAUUAUAAUUUUCAGUGUUUGGUGAGGGUGAAGUGAGGAGAGGAGUGCUAUGCUGGGGCGGAAGAUGAAAUUGGUACAAAUUCCAUAGAGGAAUUCUAGCGUUGCUUGUAUUUGCAAUCAUAAAAUGUUCAUACCCCAUAACUUUUGACCCAGUGGGCCUAUUUCAAGAAUGUAUUUUAAAGAAAUAAUAAAACAUUUGGUCAAAUAUUUAUAUAUAAGGACAUUCAGCAUAGUUUUAUUUAGGAACAACCACAAUGUUUAAUAAUAAGACAUUGGUUAUGUAAAUUAUGAUCUGUCAA